AUGCCAACUCUUGUGGAUACUCCCGAUGUUCUGGAUGCGGCCAAAGACAUCCCCAUCAGUGCUAGCAAAUCCAAGGCUGGCAAACAACGGACCAAUGCUCCCACAGGACCAAGCGAUGCCUCUUCCUUCUCGUCUCAAGCCAUUGCUGCUGCCAAUUUGGCUGCGGCUGUGCAAAUGGCCGCCUCAUUGCAAUUGAAAAUUGAAUGGUCUUUUGUCACUCUUGACGCAGUCUUCAGCGCCUGGUGUCACAGCUGCAGCAGCCAAUCCGACAAUAUUGCAGGCAUCGUCCCUAUCGGCAUCUCUCUCCUCGUCGGCAUGGCAAAUUCCCACACCCGAACAAACCCGACAUCGGCGUUAAAAGCUACCCAAGAUAGUCCUCCCUUUGUUCAUGUGAGCAAGACAGAUUCGGCACCACAACUGAAAAGUAUUGACCAAGAUCGAUUGACCCUCAAGGGUGGAAUGUGA